CCGCUCCGCUCGGCCGUGGAAUGGAAACGGCGGCCGGCAAGGCUCGAUCCUGUAGCUUGUUUUGAACCAACGUUCUCAAUGCGAACAAUAAUUUGAUAAAUAUUUGUUUAAGUAAAUGGUCUGACACAAAAAAGUAUUAUUCAUCAUGGAGAAAACUAAUGCUAAAGCGAAAUCUGCAGCACCGACUGUAGAUCAAAUCAAUGCUGACCAUAUCACAGAGUUGUCCAAUAAAUAUUGGGCGCCAUAUACCGAGUCAUCACUUCUUCCAUUUGAUCCUAAGGUUGUAGAAGACAUUUACACCAAAGAAAUACUUGGAUCGAAUUUUUCAGUACGGCGAACAAUGAUGCUCGAGUUCAGUCAGUGUCUAGAGAAUUUUUUGUGGCCCAACUAUAAGACAGGUGAGUCAUCUCAUGCUCACAUGAUGGCCAUUGUGAUCCUUCUCAAUGAAAAGUUUCGGGAGCGAGUGCCAGUUUGGGAGGCUUUUAAGAAAAGGCCAACACAUUUUCCUGGUUUUUUCCAACAAGUUCUGGAGGCUUGUCUGAUAGACACUGAUCCUGGACGUCUGAAAGAGCAACUUAAAGAACAGACUGCUUUACUGGUUUUUCUUAACCACUGUUUUAACAGCAUGGAAGUUGAUCUAAUCCGUGAGCAAGUCAGGAGGCUUGUUUCAUUAUCAAUGUGGAUUUCACUACAACAGGGCCGUCGUGAGCAAGAGCUAAAACUUGUCCCUAAAUGGCGAAAGUACUGGAAGGUGCUGCAGAAGAAAGAUUCUCCUGAACAGCGAGAAAAAUUGGAAUGGGAGCGUAAAUUUCUGCAUCGAUUGAUGUUGAAGUUUCUUGAUAUUCUUGAAAAAAUACCAGAGGAAGGAGGUGCUGUGUGCCCUCAGGUUCUCCGGUACUGUGAGCGAUUUAUGGAAUUUGUCAUUGACCUUGAAGCCCUACUUCCCACUCGUCGAUUCUUUAACACAGUCAUGGAUGACUGCCAUCUUGUUGUCAGAUGUCAGCUCUCAAACCUUGCAAAUCGCGCGGAUGGCAACCUCUUCAUGCAGCUGCUUGAGAUGUUGAAAUUUUAUGCCCGAUUUGAAAUUAAUGAUGAAACUGGGGAUCCAUUGACGGAUCAUGACAUGACUCAACUUCACUACUCCAAAAUUACAUCACUACAAAAAGCUGCCUUUUCUAAAUUCCCAGAUCUACGUAUGUUUGCUCUUGCAAAUGUUGCAAGUGUGGAUACUCGAGAUAGCCUUCUAGAGCAUUUUGGAUCCCUUAGCCUUGACAAAUUGAGAGCAAUAGCAACCUACCUAAACCUUGUACCACCAGAAGAAAGGCAGCAUAUUGAAGACUGGGUUCGGAUUGAUCAUGAGUUUAUUUUAGAAUUAUUGGUCUCUCGUCAUGAGAGAAGAGCAUCUCAGUUGGAACUACUCAAUGAAAUGCCAUUAUAUCCCACAGAAGAUAUAAUAUGGAAUGAAAAUAUUGUCCCAACAGAAUAUUUUAGUGGGGAGGGCUGUCUUGCACUACCCAAGUUGAAUCUGCAGUUCCUCACCCUGCAUGAUUAUCUCUUGAGAAAUUUUAACUUAUUUAGAUUAGAGUCAACAUACGAAAUUCGUCAGGAUAUUGAAGAUGCUGUUAGCAGGUUGAACCCUUGGAAAGCUGAAGAUGAUAGUGUUUACUUUGGCGGAUGGGCACGGAUGGCUCAGCCUAUUGUUAAUUUUGCUGUUGUAGAAGUGGCCAAACCAAAUAUUGGGGAGAAUCAUCCAUCCCGAGUUAGAGCAGACAUCACUGUUAACCUCAAUGUAAGACGAGAAAUAAAAAACGAGUGGGAGAAUCUUAGGAAACAUGAUGUUUGUUUCCUGAUUACUGUACGCCCAUCUGUUCCAAUUGGCACUCGUUACAAUUUUAGAGAGCCCUUUUUACCGCAAGUUGGAUUAGUUUAUGUAAGGGGAUGUGAAAUGGAGGGAAUGUUGGACUCCAAUGGUCGGGUUGUGGAGGAUGGACCUGAACCUAGACCAGACCUGCCUGGUGAUUCAAGAACAUUCCGUGUUUGGUUAGAUUGCAAUCAGUAUCGUAAUGAUAUGGAUAAUGUUGCUCAAAACGGUGCUGAGGAUGUGUACGAAACUUUUAACAUUCUUAUGAGAAGAAAGCCCAAAGAAAAUAAUUUCAAAGCAGUUCUAGAAACUAUAAGAAAUCUAAUGAACACAGAAUGUGUAGUUCCUGAUUGGUUGCAUGAUAUCAUCCUUGGGUACGGUGAUCCAAGUGCUGCUCAUUAUUCAAGAAUGCCCAAUGAGAUUGCUAAAAUGGAUUGGAAUGACACUUUCCUAGAUUUAGAUCAUUUAAGAGAUAGUUUUCCUUCCCAUGAAAUCAAAGUGAAAACUGAUGACCCUUCCAAGCUGACUCCACCAUUCAUACUAAACUUUGAAGAGGUGAUUGAAAAACACUGUGCCAGAAGUGAAGAUAGGGAGCCAGUGUUAGACCAAAAACAAGCCAUAGUUGUUGAACCUCAUAUAAUUCCUAGCCGCGGCCCUUAUCUUUAUAAUGAGCCUAAAAGGAAUUCAAUCCGUUUCACUCCCACCCAAAUAGAAGCUAUUCGUGCUGGUAUGCAGCCAGGCUUAACUCUUGUUGUUGGACCACCUGGAACUGGUAAAACUGAUGUAGCAGUUCAAAUUAUCUCCAAUAUUUACCACAAUUUUCCUGCUCAACGAACUCUUAUUGUCACUCAUUCUAACCAAGCCUUGAAUCAGCUGUUUGAAAAAAUUAUGGCUUUGGAUGUUGAUGAAAGACAUUUACUUCGUCUUGGUCAUGGUGAGGAAGCUCUUGAGACUGAAAAAGAUUUCAGCAGAUAUGGUCGAGUGAAUUACGUGCUUGCAAAACGCUUAGAACUGCUUCAAGAUGUGCAGCGUCUUCAAGAUUCCCUGGGGGUCCAAGGAGACCAGGCCUACACCUGUGAGACUGCUGGUCACUUUUUCCUUUACCAGGUCUUGGCAAGAUAUGAACGCUUUUUAGCUAGUGUGAAACGUGUUGGCAAGAAGGCUGCUCCUUUAUCCAUUAUUGAUGAAGAAUUUCCAUUCCACAAGUUUUUUGAUGAUGCUCCUAAACCUCUGUUUAAGAAAAGAAGCUAUGAAGAAGAUAUGGAAAUUGCAGAUGGUUGUUUCCGGUACAUUGAAAAAAUAUUUACCCAACUUGAAGAGUUCAGAGCGUUUGAGUUACUCCGUAGUGGCCUGGAUAGAUCAAAGUAUCUUCUUGUUAGAGAGGCAAGGAUCAUUGCAAUGACUUGCACACAUGCUGCACUUAAACGCAGUGAACUUGUUAACUUAGGUUUUAAGUAUGACAACAUUCUUAUGGAAGAGUCAGCCCAAAUCCUAGAAAUUGAAACAUUUAUUCCUCUUCUACUACAAACACCCCAAGAUGGGUAUUCAAGGCUGAAGAGGUGGAUAAUGAUUGGUGAUCACCAUCAGUUGCCUCCCGUCAUUAAAAAUAUGGCAUUCCAAAAAUAUUCUAAUAUGGAACAGUCAUUGUUUACCAGAAUUGUAAGGUUGGGUGUUCCAACUGUGGACCUUGAUGAACAAGGCAGAGCAAGACCAAGUAUCUGCAACCUGUACAAUUGGCGUUACAAAAAGCUUGGUAAUCUACGCCAUGUUCAGACAUGGCCUGAAUAUUGUGUUGCCAAUCCAGGCUUUCAUUAUGAUUUCCAGCUUAUUAAUGUUGAGGACUUUAAUGGAGUUGGUGAAUCAGAGCCAAGUCCAAACUUUUAUCAGAACCUUGCUGAAGCCGAGUACUGUGUGGCAGUGUUUAUGUAUAUGCGUCUCCUUGGAUAUCCAGCUGAAAAAAUAUCAAUUUUAACCACCUACAAUGGACAAAAGCAUCUCAUUCGUGAUGUUGUGAACAUCAGAUGUGCUAAGAAUCCCUUGAUUGGAAUGCCCCACAAGAUAACUACAGUUGAUAAAUACCAAGGACAACAAAACGAUUACAUUCUUUUGUCCUUGGUAAGAACAAAAACUGUGGGUCAUUUGCGGGAUGUUAGACGUCUAGUGGUUGCUAUGUCACGUGCUCGGCUAGGGCUCUAUGUGUUUGCUAGAGUGUCCUUAUUUAAAAAUUGCUUUGAACUUACUCCAGCCUUCCAUCAGCUAAUGGAGAGGCCAUUGAAUCUUCACUUAGCUGUGGAUGAGAGUUACCCAUCACAACGUCCUGUUGACAAGACGCCUGAUAAUCCUCCCAUGGAAGUUCAAGAUAUGCCCCAAAUGGCUCAGUUUGUUUAUGACUUCUACAUUGAAAAAGUUCAGGCCAUGAAGUCUGCAUUCUAUGGAGCACAGAAAGUUUGGGAGAAGCCAGGAAAUGUGACUUCAAGCGUUCCAGAGAGGAAUGUUCCAGAGCAUCCAGGAGGAGAUAGAGACACUGAUGAUGAGGAAGAUGAGGAGGAAACAAAACCACUAAAGCAAAGGAAGGCUUUGCCUGCACAAAAAGAGGUUGUUCCCAUAUUGGAUGAAACAAUUGAUGAGGAACAGAGUGAACAAAGAAGUUCAGAAACAAUGGAUACCGAUGAAGGAAGAACUGAACAUGAUGAAGAAAGAACAGAACCGGAUGAAGCAAUGGUUUGUGAAAAUGGCUCUAAUGGAGACUAAAAUAUAAUUAUUAUGUAAGUUUAUUCUAGAAAAAGAAGCAUGUCACUUUUUAAUUUUUUGAAAGACACACCAGUAUUUUAAUGAAUGGUACUACUGUGUGCUAGGUUUGUAUUCCAAACUCUGCUGUAAAUAUAUUUUUGUAAAUAAAAGUUGACUGGUGAUAUGAAA